UUCGGACUACUUUAGUAUUUAGUCGAGUGGCGAGUGUUUUAGUAACCUAAAAUAUUCGCUACUGGCCAAAAAUCGUUCGCACUUCGCUCGAGUACAGUUUACAAGUGAGUGGUGUUUUGCAAGAUGAACAGCCUACAACGCAAUAAAGUAAAUAAACUAAUUAAGCUAAUCGUAACGACUAUUUUAGAAGAGGUGGAUGAGGAAAUUUGUGUGAUUAAUAAAAAGAAGCUAUGGGUACGAAAAUGGAUCGAUAGAAGAGAAAAACUAGGAGCUACUAAUUGUCUUCUGAAGGAAUUAGCAUUGGAAGAUCCCAAAGAAUACUUCGAUAGUUUGAGAAUGUCCGAAAGUUGUGUAAAUUUUCUGUUAAAUAAAAUACAUUCUCAAAUUCAGCGUAAAGAUACCCUUUUAAGAAGUGCGAUUCCUGCAAUUACAAAAUUACAAGCAGUUCUAUACUUCCUUGCUACUGGGUGUAGUUUAAGGACACUCACACAUAUAUUUAGACUCGGAAAAUCUACUAUUUCCGAAUUCAUCAUCGAAGUUUGUGCAGCAAUCUAUGAAUCAUUAACGGAAUUUAUCAAGAUUCCUACUACUACAGACUGGAAAAUAAUUGAAAAUGGUUUCCGAAAUCAAUGGCACUUUCCAGGAUGCUGUGGCGCAAUCGACGGCAAACAUGUCGUGAUUAAGGCACCCCCUGAAUCAGGAAGUUUAUACUAUAAUUACAAAGAGACAAACAGCAUUGUCUUAAUGGCUGUUGUAGAUCAUAAAUAUUGCUUUAGUUAUAUUGACGUUGGAUGUACUGGAAGGGUUUCUGAUGGAGGCGUAUUUCGUAACUGUAGUUUGUACCAAGAAUUAGAAAACGGUAUUCUACCAGAGGAUCAUGUCUUAGUUGGCGACAAUGCAUUUCCCUUGAAAGAAUAUUUGUUAAAACCCUUCCCAGGAAAUCGAUUAACAUCACAGCAAAAAAUUUUUAAUUAUCGUUUGUCUCGGGCUAGAAGAAUAGUAGAAAAUGCUUUCGGUAUACUAGCUGCCAGAUUCAGAGUAUUUGAGAAACCGAUGCCCUAUAGUCCUGAGAAAGUUGUUAAGAUAGUAAAGACAUGUUGCGCUUUACAUAAUUGGCUCCGACAAACAGAAUUACAAAACAAACAGUAUGAAUACACAGUAGACAAAGAAAAUUAUGAAGCAGGAACUAUCGUUCCUGGUAAUUGGAGAAAUGAACCAGAGUCUCUCGGAAUGCAACCACUGCCAAUUUCUUUAAGUAACCGUUCAUCUCAAAGGUCUAUAGAUCGUCGGGAGAGAUAUGCAAAUUAUUUUGUAGGAAGCGGUUCUGUCUCUUGGCAGACAAGAAUGAUACAUUGAAAACUACCCAGCCCCAAAAUCCUAGAGUAGGUACCUACUUACCAGAUUACU